AUGAACUUGUCCUAUGAUGGAAAAUUAUUAUUUGUUAUUCUCAAAACUGGGGAAAUCAAUAUUUUUCAAACGUCGGCAUCAAUGAACACUUUAAUUUCUACUCAGAAAAAUAUCAAUGUUGUUAAAAGAUUUGAGAAAAAGCACGAUGUUGAUGAGAAUUUUAUAUUAACAAAUGAGUUAAAAAGCACUUUAUCAAGAGGACAAUUGUUACCAAUUUUAAAAGAAUAUGGUUCCUAUUCUAAUAAAUAUCGGCAUUUAAUAUGGAACGCACUUUUGGAUUUACCAUCAAAUAAUGAACACUUUAGCGAAUUACUCAGAAAAGGAUUUCAUUCUGCUGUAUUAAAAUAUGAUGAAGAAUUUCCAUUAAAAGACGUCACAUUAUUAAGAAACUUAAAGAGAAUUUCCUCAUGUUUAAUGUACUGGUCAAAAAUAUUAGUUGAGUGUGAUUAUUUACCCAAAUUAAUAUUUCCAUUUUUGAAGAUAUUUCCUAAUAAUUCAAUAUUAGCCUUUGAACUCUUAGUAACAAUUAUUUAUAACCAUUGUCAGUUAUGGUUUGAAUUCGCUCCAAUGGAACCUUUAAAUUAUUUAGGUCUUAUUGAAAAUGUUUUACAUCAUUUCGACCUUGAAUUAUAUAAAUUUUACCGCGAAAGAAAUAUCACAACAAAAAUUUAUGCAUGGACCUUAUUAACAACAUCAUUUUCUGAAAUAUUAGAUGAGAAACAAUGGUAUCAACUGUGGGAUAAUAUUUUAACGAAAGAUUUAGAAUAUACGAUAUUUGUGGUGUUAGCUUAUCAAAUAAUUCAACGUAAUAUUAUAAUGAACUUAACAUCACAGGAGUCUAUAGAAUUGUUUUUUCAUGAACAGUAUAUAAUUGAUAUGCAAAAAUUUUUGAAAAAAGCCAACCAUUUAAUGGAAUUAUGUCCAAAUGACUUAAAUCCUAGACGUUAUUUAAAAUCAUUUGUCAGUUUGCCAAAAGGGUACUAUCCAAAGUUUGAAAAUUAUCCAAGAGAAUGGCUUGAAUUAAAGAAUAAAGAAACCGAAGCAAUAAAUUUGGAGAGCAUAAUUUUAGAUGAAAAAUUACGAAACUUGGAAAUAGAAGAAAUUCAAUUGACAAAGAGAUUGGAAGAAGGUUUAAAGGAUGAAGAAAUCCAAUUGCGUUUAAAAGAACUUGAAAAAUUAUAUUGUGGAGCAAUAUCUAGGGAAGAAGAACGUAUUGCAUGCCAACGGAAAAUGGUAUUACUUUAUGAAAAGGAAGCCAGAAAUCGUCGCAGAAAAGUUCUUGAAAUGGUUCACAAUUCGCAGAAUCGUAAAAAUAUAAAUUUACACGAAAAUCAAUUGGAUACAUUGAUGAGAAGUAUUGAGAGAGCAAGACUUCGUGAUGAAACAAAUAUGAUGUUAGCUGAUGAAGAUUUAAAAGAUCAUGAAUUGAAUUUGCUAUCAGAAGUUUACAAAAUCAAAUCAAAUUUCUAUAACAAAAAUUUUAAAUAUCCUGUAGAAGAUAAAAAAUUUCGUGAAAACAAUCUGCAAAGCAUUAAGAAUGCAAAAGUAAAUUGUAAAAAAUUGAAUGCUUUAUGUUCAAAAGAUAAUGAUACUGCAAGGACAAGGAUAUCAGAAACAGCAGCAACAGGACAUAGGAAUAAAAAUGAUAUCGUUAAGAAUUUUCAAAAGGAGAAUGAUGUUAUACGUAAGACUUAUGGAAUUCAACUGAAUACUGAUUGUAAUCCAGUAGUUUUAGAUAAAAAAAGGACAAUGCAAAAAAACAAUAAAAAUAAAAAAAAUUAUAUUGAUCAUAUUGAAGGAAUAUUGGAUCAAAUACAAAUGGAAUUUGAAAAUAUAGUGAACCCUGAAAUUGGAUCAUCAUAAUUUCUAAUCAACUUUAUUCGUAUUGUAUUGAUUGCAUUCUCAAAAAUAAAGAGAUAAUUGGAUUGCACCUAAUUUUAAAUACCGACUCUUCAAUAGAAAUGUAAUUCUCC